UAGCUCCUUGAGUUCCGCUGGUUGUCUACAGAGAAGCAAACGGCCGUUAUUUCCUCCCCGUCCGUGCGCGCUCACGGGUCAGCGGCCAUCUCUAAUCGUCCUCAUUCAUUCGGGUUCGGUCGUCCUCCGCGUCCCGGUUCUUACUCGACCCAUUUCAGCCCGAAAGGCGGCGCCUCUUUUCUCCUGCAGUCCCCGCAAGCUGUCGGCGAAGGCUCGGUCCGUCCAGUCGGGAGCUGACACUCGGUAACCAUGAUCGAACGACCAGAAGCUGCACUUCCGUCCAUCGCCCAGAGGAACCUGGAGGGUUACGUGGGUUUUGCUAACCUGCCCAACCAGGUUUACAGGAAGUCGGUCAAACGAGGAUUUGAGUUCACCCUGAUGGUUGUUGGUGAGUCCGGUCUUGGAAAAUCCACUCUCAUCAAUUCUCUGUUCCUGACGGAUCUGUACUCCAAAGACUACCCAGGGCCCUCCCAGCGGAUCAAGAAGACAGUGCAGGUGGAACAGUCCAAAGUUCUGAUCAAGGAGGGAGGGGUCCAGCUGACCCUCACCAUUGUGGACACUCCAGGUUUUGGAGAUGCUGUGGACAACAGUAACUGCUGGCAGCCAGUCAUCAGUUACAUCGACAGCAAGUGUGAGGACUUCCUUAACGCAGAGUCCAGGGUGAACCGAAGAUUAAUGCCGGACAACAGGGUGCACUGUUGCCUAUAUUUCAUCGCACCCUCCGGACACGGUUUAAAGCCCCUUGAUAUUGAAUUUAUGAAGAGACUCCAUGACAAAGUGAACGUCAUCCCCCUCAUUGCCAAGGCAGACACCCUCACCCCAGAGGAGUGCCAGCUCUUUAAGAAGCAGAUAAUGAAGGAGAUUCAGGAGCAUAAGAUUAAAAUCUACGAAUUUCCUGACACAGAUGAAGAGGAGGACAACAAGCAGAUCAGGAAGAUCAAGGAGAAGAUGCCGCUGGCAGUGGUGGGCAGCAACGUGGUGGUGGAGGUGAACGGGAAGAAGGUCAGAGGUCGGCAGUACCCCUGGGGGGUGGCAGAGGAGGGCAUUUUUGUGGAAAACGGCGAGCACUGUGACUUCACCGUCCUGCGAAACAUGCUCAUCCGGACACACAUGCAGGACCUGAAGGACGUGACGAACAACGUACAUUAUGAGAAUUAUCGAAGCAAGAAGCUGGCUGCUGUCACCUGCAAUGGGGUGGACACCUCCAAGAGGAACGGACAGCUGACCAAGAGCCCCCUGGCACAAAUGGAGGAGGAGCGCAGGGAGCACGUCAUGAAGAUGAAGAAGAUGGAGGCAGAGAUGGAGCAAGUCUUUGAGCUCAAAGUCAAGGAGAAGAAGCAGAAGCUAAAAGACUCAGAGGCUGAGCUGGAACGACGCCACGAGCAGAUGAAGAGAAACCUGGAGGCCCAGUACAAAGAGCUGGAGGAAAAGAGGCGCGUCUUUGAGGAGGAGAAGGCCAACUGGGAGGCCCAGCAGAGGAUCCUGGAGCAGCAGAAACUGGAUGCUUCCAAGACAAUGGAGAAGAACAAGAAGAAAGGGAAGAUCUUUUGAAGGGAGUCGCAGCCUGGUCUUUUUGUUCACCACCCCCAGAUUCAUCUGUGAUGUGAGAACACAAACACAGCAACAGUCAGACCCUGACGCGCACACGCCGGUCUCUGCGGGGGUUUCUGUCGUCCUCAUGGGUGUGCACGUUUGUGAAAUUCUGUUUCCUACUUUUUGUGACCAGGAGGGGAAACCCCAUUCCUCCAAUCCAACAUGUUAGUUUGUAAUCCUGCAGGUACAUAGACUUUACUGUCAGAGGAGAAGGCACACCUGAGAAAACUCCUGCUUCAGCUGCUUUACUGUCCUCAGAGCUGCACUGCAUGUCAGCAACUGAGAAUUUUAUAGAACAUCUCUAGAUUUUAUCCAGAUUUUCUCUUCAAGAUUCAUUUUUUCUACACAGAAUAGAGAUUUGAAAUGAAACUUACUUUCUUUAAAAACCAGAGAAUUUCAUCAAAAUGAUUAUGUUUUUUGACAAACUGUAUAACCUUUGACACGCCUCAGGUCAAAAUUUCUUCCAGAAAACUGUAGUGAGUGAAGUUCUCCUGUAAACAUUUCAGUAGAUAAAUCUAACUUCAGAGUUCUCCAGGCUCCGCUAUGGGAACAUGGGAAUGGUGUGUUUGUAUGUUUGGAUUUGUCUCCUCCUGAACACAGUUAUGCAAUAGCCAGUCUCUGUCUAAAUACAGUAAAGAAGAUGUUUUAUAUGUUGGUGCCAACCUGUACCCCUGCUAAGUUUUUUAAAGUUUCCUAAACAGCAGAAUCAAAGUCAGAAAAAUGUGAAAGUGAUGAUAACAUUAAAGAUUCAGGACUUCCUGUGUGGCUUGGUCCCCUUUUUCAUGCUUUGAUGAAAAAAAAGCAGAUCAGCCUCACAUCUUCAGCUACAAGCGUUUCUCUGCAUGGAUCUAGGUAUUAUUGUGUAAAUAUCUCCACUCUUUUGGUUUGUUUUUUCAUUCUAUUUUUCAGUUUUUGUGCUUAAACAGAACCUUCUGGAUACAAUCAUCCACACUCCUCUAAACAGACAUUAAUACCCAUCUGUGUCAGCGCUGCUCUGAACCCUGCUAAUGAAAGUUUUCUGAACUCUCAUCUUCUUUGUAAUAUUUUAAUUUUAAAUAAAUAUUUUUGUCUUUGAUUUUAUGACUGAACCAAAUGUUUGUCUGUAACUGUACACAGUUAUUAAUAAAGGUGAUUCAUGAUGGA